UGGAACUGGAUGCGCGCCAGGGGGCGUCUCCGGGCGGGAGCGGCUUCCUGGGCGCGGGCGGCACCGACAGCGGAGCGCGGGGACAGCUCACCUGGACUGGCGACAUGGAGGACGGCGUGCUUAAGGAGGGUUUCCUUGUGAAGAGGGGCCACAUUGUCCACAACUGGAAGGCACGAUGGUUCAUCCUCCGGCAGAACACACUCCUGUAUUACAAGCUGGAGGGCGGCCGGCGAGUGACCCCGCCCAAGGGGAGGAUCGUCCUCGAUGGCUGCACCAUCACCUGUCCCUGCCUGGAGUAUGAAAACCGGCCGCUCCUCAUUAAACUGAAGACCCGAACUUCCACUGAGUACUUCCUGGAGGCCUGUUCUCGAGAGGAGAGAGAUGCCUGGGCCUUUGAGAUAACAGGGGCUAUCCACGCAGGGCAGCCGGGAAAGAUCCAACAACUCCACAUACUAAAGAACUCCUUCAAGUUAUCCCCGAACAUCAGCCUGCAUCGAAUUGUGGACAAGAUGCAUGACACCAGCAGCGGACUCCGGCCGAGCCCCAACAUGGAGCAGGGAAGCACCUACAAAAAGACCUUCCUGGGCUCCUCCCUGGUGGACUGGCUCAUCUCCAGCAACUUUGCAGCCAGCCGUCUGGAGGCAGUGACCCUGGCCUCCAUGCUUAUGGAAGAGAACUUCCUCAGGCCAGUAGGGGUCCGGAGCAUGGAUGCUAUUCGCUCUGGGGAUCUGGCCGAGCAGUUUCUGGAUGACUCCACAGCCCUGUACACUUUUGCUGAAAGCUACAAGAAGAAGGUAAGCUCCAAGGAGGAAAUCAGUCUCAGCACCAUGGAGUUAAGUGGCAUAGUGGUCAAACAAGGCUACCUAUCCAAGCAGGGGCACAAGAGGAAGAACUGGAAGGUACGCCGAUUUGUUCUGAGGAAGGACCCAGCUUUCCUGCAUUACUAUGACCCUUCCAAAGCCACACCUAUUCCAACAAGACCACACCUCCUAAUAGUGCAAUUUCCCAUGAGCUGAGUUUACUGAAACCACCACACCUCAAGCACAAGGAAGAUGAAGGCCUGAGAAGAGAGAGAGCAGGAGAGCUGACUGUGGAAACAAACCCUUGGGUCUCCAGAAGGGCCCCUAUUGACCUCUCUAACAGUUCUAGUGUUGCUGUCUUGUCUUUUUUUUUUUUUUUUAAAUUUUUUUUUCCGGGGCUGGGGAUCGAACCCAGGACCUUGUGCUUCCUAGGCAAGCACUCUACCACUGAGCCAAAUCCCCAACCCCUUUUUUAAUUUUUUUUUAAAGACAGAAUAUCAUGCAGCCCGGGGUAGCCUCAAACUCAUUUGUCAUGUCACCAAGGAUGGUAUUGAAUGCUGGGAUUAUAGAUGUGUGCCACCACCCUGGAUUGAAUGCAAAUUUCUGAGUAGGCUAAUCAAGCAUGUUAACGACUGAGCUACAUUCCCAGCCACUCGAGUCCCCUUUGAAGCAAGGAAAAUAACCAAUGUAUAAGACCAGGUUUUGCAUUUAAAUCUUAGGUCUAACCUCAACUACUUUGUGCCCUUGAUGAGUCCAGGGCCUUUUGCUAUUAAUUUGCCCCCAUGCUUCCUACUGCUGGGCUAAAUCCACCCCUGUAGCUAGGAUGUGUUUCUCCAGGCCUAUUCUGUCUCCCCGUGAGACCGCCCUUGAUUUCUACAGUGCUGGGUCCCUUCUUUGGGUUGUCUCCCUCCUCUGGUAUCUAAGUCAACACCUCUGCAUUGUUACUUAACUGCUUUAGCUUUUAUUUGCUGAAGCCACCAUUUAGUAUUGAUUAUUAACAGAAGGGGCCAAGGGCUGAGGCUCCUGGUGUGUAAAGUUGCUCUUUAACCAUCCGGAUACCAUAAACCCAGUCUUGUUUCAUACCAAGCACAUAACUAGACUUACAUAGCAAUGUCAAAUGUGCAGGAACACCUGUCAUUACCUAUGGACAAAGGUUAAGGACGCCAGUGCAUGCUUCUGGUAGAAUUUUGGAUCAGCCUGGUAACUUAAUGGCACUGCUGCUACUGGUCUUGAAGAGGCCCAAACUGCCUCACUGGUAUAAGUUACUUGGGCAAGUGAAGCACAAGUUCAGCCUCCUUUAUAAUUUGAAGUGGGCCUAACAAGGCCUACAGGUCAGUUAUUAGAGGAUCUUUUUUUUUUUUUUAUGUUCAUGAAAUUACUGAUUAAUCUCUUCCUCCACAGGAAGAUAACAGGCCAGUAGGUGGGUUUUCUCUUCGUGGUUCCCUUGUGUCUGCACUGGAGGAUAAUGGUGUUCC